ACGCGCCCGUCCGCACCUUAAGCUGGGCGGCCUAGAUGAGAGGAGGAGACCGUCCCUUCCUGCGAGAGGAAACUCGCACUGACGUAAAUAAAGCAGCGCAGACGAGCCCAGCGUUAGCGUUAAUUAACACGUUAAUACCGCAGCUUUACUCAAACUCUGCGUCCUCUCACACUCAAUUAUCCGCGUUUUAGCGACUUUUCGGGGCGGAAAAAGAAACGCAGCUACCGAGAGCGACAGCCGGGAGGGAAACAGCAGUGUGUAACCUGGGUUUUUGGCAUGGCUGAUCUGCUGAGGCUGCUGCUCCGGGUGGCUGAGAAAGCGGCUAACGUGGCUCGGGUCUGCAGGCAGGAGGCUCCCCUCUUUCAGCUCCUCGUACAGGAGAAGACUGGAGAUGAUAAGAACAAGAAGUUCGUCCAGGACUUCAAGACGCUGGCCGACGUGGUGAUCCAGGAGAUGAUCCGGCAUGAUGUUGGUGCUCAGUUCCCUGAGAUGGUUGGCUUCAUUCAUGGAGAGGAGUCCAACAAGUUUGAAAAUGGGCUUGGGGAGAGCGUGACGGUCACGGUGUGCGGUACGGAGGAGGAGACGGCGACGCUGCUGGCCUCGGUGCUGGACGGUGACCACACAGCGGCGUCUCUGCUGGCUCGAGCGAUCCACCAAGACCCAGCGACCAUCGGCGCCGACACAGAUGGUCUUGAGGUGCCCCUCAGCCCUUCUGAGCUCGGCAUCUGGAUCGACCCCAUAGAUGCCACCAGCCAGUACAUAGAGGGCCGGGAGGAGGUGCUGGAGGAGGGCCGCCUGUUUCCUUCAGGUCUACACUGUGCUUUGGUCUUAAUUGGGGUAUAUCUCCGGAGCACAGGCGAGCCCGUCAUGGGCGUCAUCAACCAGCCGUUCAACUACAAAGAUCCAGCAGGUGGAGGCUGGAGGGGGAAGCAUUUCUGGGGGGUGUCCUGUGACGGCGUCAGCGCCUGCUCAGAGUCCCGUCCUAAAGAUGGACCUGGAGGCAGGCUGUCUGUGGUGCUGAGCUCCAGUGAGAAGCAGGUGGUAAAGGAAGCCCUGACUUCCCUCUGCGGCCCUGACAAGCUGGUGUACGCCUCUGGAGCCGGCUAUAAGAUCCUGUGUGUCAUACAGGGCCUGGCUGAUGUUUACGUCCUCUCAGAGGGAAGCACCUUUAAGUGGGACUCCUGCGCUCCUCACGCCCUGCUCCGAGCCCUCGGAGGGGGAGUGGUGGACCUGGCUAAGUGUCUACAGUCCAGCUCUGGGGCACGGGAUCAGCAGACAGAACUGACCUACCACCAGCCUUACGCUGAGUGUAAAGGGGCAGACCGCUGGGCCAACCAUGGCGGCCUGGUGGCGUAUCGAGACUGUUCUCAGCUCCAAAGUGUCAUGGGAGGUCUGAAAGGCAAGUUGUAGUUGAAAGAGCUGUGGAUGUAAUUAUGAUGCACUUCUUGCUGCAUACAUGAUCGUAUUCAUGUUUUCUAUGUUAGUAGAGAGAGAAGGGUGGGGGUACAGUAUGAAAUAUUUUAAUUGUUUUUAACCAGAUAUAUUUGCAAGUGUGUGUGUAUAUAUAUAUAUAUUACAAGAUGAUCAUCUGGUCUGAGCCCAAUAAUAUUUCCAAAUAAUGUUUGGUCUUAAUCAGUGGCUCUAGAGGCCGUGCGUUGAGGUGGGGGGUGAAUUACCAGGGGAAAACAUGGAACUGAACAAGACUUGAAUGAAUCUUAGUAAUUUAAGUAACAGUAACCAAACAAGAGUGUUGUGAUCCUCACAGUCGUCGAGAUUCAGGUUAGCAAGACUUGUUCAGAGAGCCAAAAGAGAACAUUAGCUCCUGUUUUGAAAGGGAAGAAAGGAGUGGAGGUCAAAGGGUGGAUUGACAGAAGAUGUUUGGAAACCACUUAUCUAUAUCUCAUCAGACAAGAGGGACUUGCCUAAAUGGGUCAAUGUCCUAGAAAGCUGAAAGUUAAAUCACAAGAACGUUUUACUGUCUACUUCUGCAAGUCACAAGUUGUUGCCUUCUUCCUCGCAGCUCCAAAAAACUAAACAUUAUCUGUGAAUUUUGUUUUGCUCAGACCUGAUAAUCAUUUAUUAAAUGUUGCUUUAUGCCACAUAAAGAAAGGGUAUAAUAUUAGUUAAAGAAAGCACAGUGCUCACUGCUGGACAGCUGAGGAACACUUCACUGCCGGAGGGAAGGUAAUGUGGCGUCACUUCUGCUUCUGACUGAUCUGAAGGAUUUUUCUUUGAGUCUAAAUUGCAGUUAUGAAAAGUGAUAUUAGAAAUGUUCCACCUCGUCUAACCUGUAAAAGGCAAUAAUAAGUCAAGUGAGUGAAUGAGACUCAAAUCAAGCAGGAAUCUGCACCUCUCUGAAACAGCUCCUUUUAAGGAGCGGAGGGAUAGACACGUCCUGGCCUCUUUCCGUGGCUAUAGCACUAUUAGUUAAUAAGGUCAGAGAAUGGAAAAGCCAUAUGAGGUAAAACAGUGACACAGAGAGCCCCUUUCAGUGUGGGUUUACAGUAAAAAUGAAAUAUUAAGCCAAUUUGAAGGAUGGGACCUAUUCAGGCUGACGGACUCCUCUAAAGGACGGAAACAAGAUUAUUAUAUUAAGACGUUUGCAAUGAUACUUUCAUCGUCACUGUAUUGUUUGAAAUGACUUUAAUAUGCAUUGUUAAGUAACUGAGGAGUUGUUUAUGUAUACUGAGCGUAAAACAGAACAACAAUGUGCAUAUAGGAAAUAAUCUUUAUUUU